AUGCUCUCAUUCUGUCCUUUCCAUGCUCUCAUUCCUCCCAUUCCGCCCUUCUUCAUCUCAUUCCGCCGUUCUUCCUUUCAUUCCGCCAUUCUUCCUCCCGACUUGGUGUUCUUCCUCUCGAUCCGCCCUUCUUCCUCUCAUUCCGCCCUUCUUCCUGUCGUUCCGCCCUUCACGCUGGCCCCGCUGGCGUCGCCUGCCAUGUCGCCUGUGCAAGCAGCUCGAGCGGUCGUCGCGGCGCUGGGCCUGUGCACGCUCGCAGCCGUGGUGCACACAUGCCUCACCGAUGGCUCGCCCUUCCGAUGGGUCGUGCUCACCCCGUGGAUGCGCGCGACGCUGGUGGACUUCUACGUUAACGUCGCCCUCAUCGGGGCGUGGGUGUGCUACAAGGAGACGUCAUGGCUGGCGCGCAUAGUCUGGGUGACACUACUCGUCUGUUUUGGAAGCAUGGCCACGUGUGUGUACGUGGUCAUUCAGCUCUUGGCCCUCGCGCCCUCGGAUCCCCUCUACAGCCUGCUGCUACGGGAGCACCAUUUCAGAUUGAUCCAUGGCAGCCAUGCUGCACACGGCCUCCUGUGA